AUGAGGAAAAGAGAAUAUAAAGACGCUACUGAACUUGAAGACGACGACGAUGAAACUACGGAUGACAGACUGAGGACGAAUACGAAUGAGGAACUUGAAAUGGAAUUCUAUCUUUACAUGUUGGAAAAGUGGAAAAGAAUGGAGCCUGCUUUAAAUUUACUUGCCGCCGAUAAUCCAAAUGUUCGUCAAAGAUAUCUUACCGAUUUCGAUUGUAUUAACAUUGAUGAUACUAUGGUUCUUUUAAGUCCAAUCGAACGUGUAAUCCGUUUCCUUUCAGCAUUUAGUUACCCAACUCAUGGUGACAUUCGGUUCGUUUUCUCAGCAUUCAGGAACAUUUAUCUCGAUAUUAGUGAUGAAAGAUUUUCACAGCAUCCAAGGGUAAAAUUCUCCGCAUUUGAAAAUGAAAUCGAAAGAACUAAUGCAAAAAUUUGGCGUUGA